AGGGUAUCGAGAGAUAGGGAGGGGAGGGCAUGUGAAUCAACCCGAGGUCUAAGGGAGUGUUCGAAAUGCCGAUGGAAACUCGCUCUAAUAGUGCUCUCUUUAAGAGAGCUGAACAGUUGAAAAGAUGGGAAGAUUCGGAUACUAAUAAAGAAUCAGUUGUAUCAAAAAGAAAUAAUGGACUUGGAAAGAUAAAAUUCACAGAUGGUUGCGUGUUCCUUGCUGCUUGUGCUUCUGGUGACACAGAAGAGGUUGAGCGUCUGCUUGAGAAAGGUGCAGAUAUCAAUACUGCCAAUGUCGAUGGUCUUACCGCUUUACACCAGGCCUGCAUUGAUGAUAACUUAAAAAUGGUAGAAUUCCUGGUUGAACACGGAUGUGACGUGAACCAAGGGGACAAUGAAGGGUGGACUCCACUGCAUGCUACUGCCUCCUGUGGUUUUCUUAGCAUUGCCAAAUACCUGCUUGAAAAUGGUGCUUCAGUAGCUAUGGUCAACAAUGAUGGAGAAUUGCCAAUUGAUAUUGCUGAAUCUGAAGAAAUGGAAGAACUUCUUCAAGCAGAAAUUGACGAAUUAGGUUUGUGUGCCUCUAUAAAAGCUAUUCAGUUAUUUGUGUUAGCUUCUGUUUUGUGUCAAGGAAUCUUGUGCAAGAUUCGAGAUAUUCUCAGCUUAUUAAUCAAGGCUGGUUUGGAUUUGAACAUCCAAGACAAUGAUGGAUGGACCCCUCUUCAUGCUGCAGCACAUUGGGCACAGAAAGAAGCUUGUGAACUCUUAGCUGACAACCUUGCAAAUAUGGAUAUCCAAAAUUUUGUUGGGCAAACAUGCUUUGAUGUGGUUGAUCCUGACUUGGUUAAUGUGUUACAAGAUUUAAAGAACAAACAGAAUAAUCUUCAAAAGGAGCGUCCAGAACUUGGAGAGAUACUAAGAAGAAAAGCCCCACCUCCAUUAAAAAGAAGAACUUCUGUAACUCGAAUGAGUGGUACAGAUAAGAGCAAUGUAGUUAUGAAAGAUACCUAUGCGGAACGAGCACAGAUUGAAGCUCAGUUGCAACUACCUGAAGAAGAAAUAGAAGAAGAGGGUAAAAUUGCAAUAACAAAUGAAGUUGUUGAAGAACCUUCCUUUAACACCAAACUUAAUAAGGAAGACCUAAACGUGGUAAAAAGAAAUGAAGCCAACAUUGAUGAUAGUCUCUCAGAAAUCAUCCCUUCUCCAGACAAAACUAAAGAAGAUUGGCCACCUAUAUUAAAAUCUGCAAAUGAUAAACUACAAGAACUACAGAAUGAUGUGGCUCCUUGGAGGAGAAAAAUUGAAACAAAUAUUCCUUCAAAUUUACAAGACAACAUAAAAGAGCCAUUAGCAGUCUUCAGAAAACCUCAAGAAGUCCAACCAGAAGUAGAUGAUCUAAAGGCUAAUGGCCCAACAUCUGAAAGAGCUACAGAGCAAAGACAAAUUAGUACAGAAGAAAACCUUACAUAUGAAACAACUUGUGCUACCACACCUUCUACUCAAAGCAGCCCACCCAUAGGUGUUACAACACCACCACUAGAUGGACAAAUUAGAAGGUCUUUUGUGCCUCCAGUACGAGAUGAAGAGUCAGAAACUAGAAGGAAAGCCCAUGCCAAACGUGUGAGAGAAACACGUCGUUCCACUACAGGUGUUACGUUGGAAGACCUGAAGUCAGCAGAACAACAGUUAUUACGUAAACAACAAGAGGAAGAUGAACAAAAGGAAAAAGACAGUACAGAGCCAGUUGCUUCAAUACCACUAACAGCAUACACCACCACCACUACUGCUAGUAGUACAUUGAGCUCAACAGUAGACAGGCAAGAGUCUUGCAGAAUAUCUACAGAAGGGGAAGAAAAGACACCAGACGUAAAGCCCCAAGACAUACCUUCUACCACAAGCAGUCCUGUUUUAACGACAGGUAGUGAAACAACUACAAUUUGUACAAGCCAAGAACCACAAAUCUGUAUUGGACCUGAUAGUCCUGAAGUUACUCAUUCUGUUACCUUUCCGCUUCGCUCACGACCUGUCCAUAAUGAAGAUCCAGAUAAAGAUCAUGAAAAUAAAAAUGCCCAAGGUACUCAGGCAGCAAUACAGAGAAAGAGAAGACCAAAAAGAAGGUCAACAGGAGUUGUUUAUUGGGAUGCUGAAGAGAAAGGCCAGCAACAGGGUUGUUCAGACCAGGAACUGCAACAGGAAGAUGAUAAAGGAGGUGAGGAGUCUCAGGAAUCAGAAAAUGAUGUAAAGUUUGAAAUUAAUUUAAGUAUGUCUUAUGGGUCAUAUGGAAGUGGCAAUGGACGUUAUGGACAGGGUAAUUCUUCCUUUAAUUUCACUAAGCCAUCAUCUAGCUCUUCAGCCACAGGCUAUGCUUCUUAUCCACCUUAUGGAACUGGUUCAAGUUAUUCUCCAAAUUAUGGAGGUACAGUAGCUACAACAAGUUACAAUAGUUUUACUCCAUCUUCCCCUUCUGCUCGACAGUCAUAUCGGAGAGAUUCAGGCUCUUAUAGUCCAAGCAGUCCACGAACUAAGAGUCCUGCUAGAAGAUCAGCUAUAUCUUCUUCUUCCUCAUUUUACUCACCUUCCCGUGAAUCUUCAGCUGGUUCAUAUGCAGGAUCCUUGACUGUUCCUUCAUAUGGAGGAAAUGAUUCAACUUAUUCUUCCUGGUCAACCACUCCAGCUUCUCCCAAGUUUUCUUGUCGUUCAAAGAGAGGGAAUAAAACAUUAUCAGUUCCACAUUCAGCAUCUCCACGUCGAUCUGUUUCACCAACUCGAGGUUAUUCUCUCUCUAGCUCUAAGUCUUCAGACUCCUUAUCUGGUGGUUAUGCUUCAAGCUCAGAUAGCUAUGGUGGAUAUAAACCUUCAUCUGAACCUCAGAGGUCACAUUUUGGGUCAGCAGGUUCACAAAAUGACAGUGGACAUUCAGAGACACUGUCACAACAGUCAGACCGAUUGAGCCGCAAUUCUCUCAACAGCAGCACUGGAAGUCUAGCAGAGGAAGGAGACCAAGAUUACAAGAAGGUUUAUGAAACACUGAAAACAGAAAAUGAAAGGUUAAAAGAAAAACUUAAGAAAACAGAGGAAGAACUGGUCAAUACAAAACGACAGCUAGAAAAAGCUUUUCUACAGAAUCACACUAGAAAUUCAAUAAAUGAGGCUGAAAAGAGGGAGCGAAGAACAUUAGAAAGAAAGCUGGCAGAAAUGGAGGAAGAGUUAAAGCAACUUGAACAGGUGAAAGCUGAGAACCAGCGGUUACGAGAUGAGAAUGGUGCCCUCAUCAGAGUCAUCAGUAAAUUGUCAAAAUAGAAUUAAAUGUAGCUUGGGUUUACAUGUCUUCCAACAUGGGAGUAGAACCAAAAUCACAUCUAACUCCAAAAAAUACCAAUUUCUACAGUGUGAUCAACAUUGUUGUGAUGGUACACUUCUCACCUUAGUUUAAGUCUACAGUUUUAGCUUUUUUAAUUAGUUUUUUUACUGUGGUUUCAGUUGGAUAAUGAAAUUUAGUCAGCAUGUUUGUCACUGUCAUCUAGUCUAUAUGAUUCCAUCUUUAAUUUAACCUCUCAAACCUUCGGUAUGUUAACAGUCAUCCAUGUGUGUUCAUGAGUGCAUUUACAUUAUUUCUUCUGCCUUUAAAUAUUUGAUUUCUAAGAGUCUCAAUUUUUAUUUUCUUAACAAAAAAAAAAUCAUGUUACAGCAUGAGUGCCACACAUUUGCAUCAGAAGUGGUUUUGCAAGUUUGCAAAUACUGUGUUUCAAGGUUUAAAGUUAAUAAGGACAGUUCAUAGAAAAACUAAUAUAUCCAAAUCUCAUGUGUUGCCCAAAAGUUAGCUAAAAAGUGAUGAGAAAGUCCAGCUCCUGACAAUUUUUAUAUUUAGAGGAGUGUUAAACAUACAAGUAUCAAAAGAAGGAAGAAAAGGCCAUUCUUAUUUUCUAACUAAACUUUUCCAAGUACCUUGAGAAUUUACAGAAACAUUUUAAACAUGAAAUAAUCUUUUCUGUCCUUGUCUUCCUUUUGAUUAAUUUUUCCUUAUAUUUUUUACAAGUACAAAUACAAAAAACAGUUAUGGUAAAACAAACUUGUCUUCAAAAUAGUCACAUUUGCUGAUAUUUAGUGAUUUUCCAAGUUAGAUCUUGUUUAAUGAGUGGUGAAGCUUAAAUGUAAUAUAGUUUAAAAACAAAUUAAUUUUUUUGAAAAAUUAUAUUUAGUUUGUGUUUUUUAAUAAGCAGUGCCAGCAUUCAAAAGUGAUUGUUUGUGUAAAAACUAAGAUACUGGAAAGUAAGUAGUAACUACAAAUACACUGCAGUAGUUUAUUUAUUAUUUUUUUAAACUUUUACCACAUGAAGCAAACAAUGGCAUAGUAAGACAAUGAAAGCUAAUUUUUUAUUGUGUCUAAAUUGAGAAAACUGUGAUUAUAAUUUUGUUUUCCUGAAAACUAACAUUUAAAGUUUGAAGAAGAACAUUUUCUGUAGUAGUUUUUUUUUUUUGGAUUUGAGCAAAAUAUAAGUUGAGAUUUGAAGUUUGCACCAAAUAGUUCCAAAUUUUUUAUUGUACAGAUGCGCUACCAAGUUGAAUGCUCACAAUAGAAUGUAAUUAGUAUUAAGAAACAAAUUAUGUGUGCGUGUUUUACAAGUUAGUUACAAGAAUAUUUAAUUAGAUUUCAAGGCUGAAAGAGCUAUUUGUUAUGUGUACAUUUUAUAGUAGGAAGAAAGAUAUUGUUAAGGAAAGUGUAAAAGAAAUGAUCUAAUAUCUUGUUACUUGUGUUUAUACAGUGAGGAUCUGUGGAUACUUUUAAAUAUAUAUACAUUUAUAUGUGGAUAUACACAAACAUUUUAAAGUUACCUUUAAGUUGAUCUGCUGUCAACCAAUACUUGUAUGUAUUAUCUUACAUUCUUGAAGAAUGAACUUAAGCUCUCUAUUGAUUAGAAAAUAAUAAAGUUUGAUUUGUUGACAAUAAAUAAGAAGUAAAAUUUCUUUUUUUUUUACAAGGAUAUUGUAUAGGUGUCAAUAUUUGUAUACACAAAGUUACCACAACAUUUGAAGUUUUUCAUGUUAUUAAUUUUAGAAGAUAACAACACUUUUGCCCCCCAGUGGGACAGCGGUAUGUCUACGGACUUACAAUGCUAGAAACCGGGUUUUGAUACCCGUGGUGGGCAGAGCACAGAGAUAGCCCAUUGUGUAGCUUUGUGCAUAACUUCAAACAAAAAACAAACAAACAGCACUUUUAGAAAGAGGAUAGGCCAGUAUCUUAAGGAUACUUCCAAGGUACUUAUAUCUGUAUGUGUAGUAUUAGGUGAAAUAAUGAUUGUGAAUGGGACUUUACGUAGUAUAAAAAUAUCAUUAAAGUUAUCUUGUAUGCAUUUGUUUUUAUUCAUUCUGCUAGCAGAACAAAGUGCUGAUGCACAACUCUUUAACUGUGUAUUAAUGCUGGUUAUUACAAGUUUGUCAGUUUUGGAAACUUAUUUAUUGCCAUUAUUAAAAUUUUUCUAACCAGAGUUAUGAUUUUUUUACCUCUUGGCCUAAUUUAAUUGAAGUUACUGUGUUUAAUAUGAUGUUACUACUUUUGAUUGUCUUGAUCAUGAUACUGUACUUACACAACCUAUAUUUUUUAAAUCAUGACACCCUGUACAGUGAAGACUGGAAAUCUUUUUUUUUUAAAUUCAUCUAGUAAAUGUUAAUCGUCAUGAUCCACAUUUGUAAAAUUGCCAAACUUGUUGAGUAUGGCUUGUAUCAAGUAAGGUGCCUUAUAUCACAAGUUUUCUAUGAGAAAAAAAGAAUUAUUCAGUAAGAAUUUACUCAUUUUUUUUAAUCCUUCAAGAUUCAUUUAACAACGAUUUUAGCUCAAUACAUUAAGUUUUAUCAAAGCUUGGCACCUCUCUUUUUAAGAACUGUAAUGCUUUUGUCAUAUUUGCAUUGUUGUACCAAACUAUGAAAUUUUAGUAUUUAUGAUAUUUUGUAAUCUCUCAACAAAAGUAUUAUCAUAUGUACAGACCAGAGUGUAGAAGAUCUUAAAUAAAAUAUCUUUACAUAUGA